AUGCGGCGCUUUUUGGGGCGGAGGGGCCUUCCCGGUCGGUCUCGUGAGCUGGGCGGGCCUCGGGCUGCUCUGGCCGUCGGCCACCGGCCUUCACCGAGACGUUGUGCGGGUCGGGGCUUCGCGGGGAAGGGCCGACUCUCCCCGGCAAGGAAAAACACCUACGUGAGGCGAGGCCUUGACCCCUCCUCCUUCCGACCCGGGAGUCCAGGGCCCAGCACCCUCCUCCCUCUGCCAGACCCAGGAGCCCACGGCCCCAGUUCCCCUCCUGAACCUCAGGCUCACGAGUACGAGUCCCGGCCCCCUCCUUGGUCUCGGACCCAAGAGGUCAAGCCCUUAUCCCUACUCCUCGAUCUCAACCCACGAAUCCGGGCGCCCAAACCCCUCCUCGACCUCAGAGCUAGGAGUUCGGGCCCCCUGCCCCUUGGAACGCAGACCCAGGAGUCAGGCCUCUCCUUCCCCCGCCUCCAGGCCUCAGGCAUCCCAGGCCAGGAGGAAGUUCAAGGCAGGGCUCCUCCCCACUCCCCACGUAGCCAACGGGAAAAUCCGCGGCUCCGGCGGCGGCUGGGAAUCCCCUCUGGAAUGACGGCGGGUGUGGGGGCUGUGGGUCCUCCUGGAAGUGUGUGGUUGUGCACCGCUCCGAGUCUAAUAACGCAGCAAAAGCUACGACCUCACCAGGGCUCUCAUGGACAUCCUCUCCAAUGCCUACUCCUGCAUUGUGGCCCAGGCCUCUCACUGUUCCAUAAACACACCAGCUCAUUCCUGUCUCUGCCUUUUUACUUGCCACCUCCUCUGCUUAGAACACUUGAAAGAAAUUUCUUUUUAGUUUUUUUUUUUUAA